AAACCGGUAAACUGACAUUACUUCACACCGGCUUGUUUCGCGACCAUCCCCGGUAAAAUUUGGAGAAAUCGCCGCAAGGCGCAAGCUCCAGUGCAUUGCAGUCGCAAGCUGGCUGGCUGCCUGGCGAUUUUAGUUGUGUUCCGAUCCAAGCGUCUGAUGUCAGGCAGUGGAAGAGACCUAUCUUGCGCUUGAGAAUCGGUGUCCAAGUGUCUGAAACACGGCUGGUGCUUGUCUUAUGUGCCGAGAUCUGUUAAUGCUGUAGUGAAAUGCCGUUGGCGGUGCUGGCGGAUCCAUGGCAGCAAAUGCAAGUGCAAAUCAAGGAAGACUCGGAGGUCGCCAGCACUGAAGAAAUGGUCGUUGAUGACAACAACGAGGGGAACCACAAUGGUGACUCGACGCACGAGAUUGAGUUGCAAGAAGUGGUCAAGGAAGGCCAUGACAAGGCAGACCCGGGCCAGUUUGAGCUGCUCAAAGUGCUCGGCCAGGGCUCCUUCGGGAAGGUGUUUCUGGUGCGCAAAGUGGUGGGGCCAGAUAGCGGGACCCUCUACGCCAUGAAGGUUCUGAAGAAGGCGACCCUGAAAGUCAGGGACAGGGUGCGAACCAAGGUGGAGAGAAACAUUCUCGUCGAUGUUCGCCAUCCUUUCAUCGUUCGACUUCACUACGCGUUUCAAACCGAGGGUAAGCUCUACCUGAUCCUCGACUUCCUCCGCGGAGGCGACCUCUUCACAAGACUUUCCAAGGAAGUGAUGUUCACCGAGGAAGAUGUCAAAUUCUACUUAGCCGAGCUUGCGCUAGCUUUGGAUCAUCUGCACUCCAUUGGAAUUAUCUACAGGGACCUCAAGCCUGAAAACAUUUUGCUGGAUGCCGAUGGACACAUCUCAUUGACUGACUUUGGCUUGAGCAAGCAACCUGUUGAUGACCAGGCGUUCUCCUUUUGCGGCACAGUCGAGUACAUGGCUCCAGAGGUGGUGAACCGAAAAGGACACUCGUUCGCAGCCGACUGGUGGUCGUUUGGCGUUCUCAUGUAUGAGAUGCUGACUGGGGCGCUGCCGUUCCAAGGAAGUAAUCGCAAGGAGACCAUGACCCAGAUCCUCAAAGCAAAGCUUGGCAUGCCCGCCUUUUUAUCUCCAGAGGCGCAGGCACUUCUGAGGGUUCUGUUCAAGCGAAAUCCUGUCAACCGUUUAGGCGCAGGUCCAGAAGGAGUGCAAGAAAUCAAGGCUCAUUCAUUUUUUUCCACCAUCGACUGGGACAAGUUGUACAACAAAGAAAUCUCCCCUCCGUUCAAGCCUGCUGUGAGUCGAGCCGACGAUGCUCACUAUUUUGAUUCCGAGUACACUUCCAAGACUCCCAAAGACUCUCCAGGUGUUCCACCGAGUGCAAACGCUCACGAGCUGUUCAGGGGUUUCAGUUUUGUGGAUCCAACCUUGCUGGACGGCCAUGACAUCCAAACUCACUUGAAUCAGAUUCCGGAGAAAACGCCAGAACUUGCUACACAUUCCUACAUCAAACCUAACAAAUUGUCAGACGAGUACGACGUAGAGGAGCAAAUAGGGACUGGAAGCUACUCUGUGUGCCGUAGGUGUGUACAUAGAUCGUCAAGAGUUGAGUAUGCAGUUAAGAUUAUUGAUAAAUCGAAGCGAGACUGUCAUGAGGAAAUAGACAUACUUUUGCGAUAUGGGCAACACCCUAACAUAGUGACGUUGAGAGACGCCUAUCAAGAUGAGCACUCUGUUUAUCUCGUGAUGGAGCUGAUGAAAGGUGGGGAACUCCUAGAUCAAAUUCAGCAGCAACCCUAUUCUGAGCGCGAAGUCUCGGCUGUGAUGAAUGUUAUUGUGCAGACUGUGGCCUACCUACAUCAAAAUGGGGUGGUGCACCGUGAUUUGAAACCAUCGAAUUGUCUGUUUGCCACGACGCACAUGAACCCUCAAGGCAUUCGGUUGUGCGACUUUGGCUUUGCCAAGCAACUCCGGGCGGAAAAUGGACUGCUGAUGACACCUUGUUAUACUGCCAACUUUGUUGCGCCUGAGGUGCUAAAAAAGCAGGGCUAUGACGCUGCCUGUGACAUUUGGAGUCUGGGAAUCAUUCUUUACAUCAUGCUCGCAGGGAAAGCUCCAUUUGUGAAUUCCAGCAAUGACACUGGAAAAGAUAUCCUCGGUAGAAUAGGCGAAGGAAGAUUUGACUUGGAGAAUGGCGUUUGGAGGAAUAUUAGCAGUGAAGCCAAGGACAUGGUCUCUAAAAUGCUGGACAUGGAUCCAAACAGGAGGCCGACUGCUUCUCAGCUGCUCUCACAUCCGUGGAUAGCCAACCCAAAUUCGCUCCCUAGCCAGAAACUUCAGCCACAAAAGGCUCAGGACCUUAAGGGUUCCGUUGCUGCCACUUACCGAGCCAUGCUGCAGUCACCAAGGGCCCCUAAUCUUGGCCCAGUUGUCAUGUCUGAAUUAGCGAGAAGGCGACGCAAGUCUCGGCCAAAGUCAUCUACUGAUAUGUGAUACAAUUCCUUUGAACUCGUCUCGUAAUCUUCCUGUGUGCAAAUAGAAAACUAGAAAUUUCAAAUGUGCUACCUUUAUUAUAAAAAACACGCAUAUCAUCGUGUGGUUGCGGCAAUUUUUUAUCGCUCCUUCGGUUUACUACGCAAGACGACGCACUUGCAAGGUGCUUAAUUUUACAACGUGCAUUUGAAAAAGCAGCGCUAUAUUUUUAAGUAGCCAUUGGCUAGGUCUUAAAAUGAGAUAUACUAAUUAAUUGCCGCAAACCAGAUGGUAACAAAUGGUAUGGAAAUGAACUAUAAUCAUGUUGUUGAGAACAUUUAAAGCAUUUGUUCGUUGAUUCGCAUCUCCUUGUCAUAUAAUCUCUUCAUGGACGCCAAUAUCAAAAUGUAUGUAACUUUGUUUUACGUUUUCACCAGUUACCAUGAUGUUGAUGAAAAGUGUUAUGCAUUUACAAAGCUAUUACAAGAUCAUGUGUUGUAAUGUGGCCUAAUAUAGGAUAAUAGUUUUAUAUCAAAUAUUAUCUGACGUCAUGGAAGCGCAGUAAAAUUGUUUCUUUGUUCUAUGCAAUUAUCUUCUUUUUUCAUCUUGUCUUGUUUGAAUCAGAAAAAAUUGAUUCUCUCAUCUCGUCCCUAUAAUCAUUAGGGUUUAACUUGUAGGUUUUGAAGUGUUAACGUGUCAUUUUUGAUGUUGUCCACCCUGUACAUGUGAUAAGUUCAAAUUAAAUAAUAUGAAAUCCAUAUUAAUACAUACUUGUAAGUGUCAAAAUCCGGUAAGAAAUCCAGCUACAUCAUAUUGAAUGAAGAAUUUAAUGGUACCUUAAGACGAUAGGUGCGAUUCUGAGUAGAAAAAAGUAUGAGUUGUUGCUUAUUGAUUAAAUCGCUUUAUAAACUGCGCGCUCUAUAUUUUGUAAUUUAAAAUUUACAAAAAAUGUGUAGGAUGUUAAAGAUGAUAAUUUGUGACAUUUAAUAAUUAAGGUGACUCAAUAAAUCAACCCAUGCAAUUAAAA